AUGAGCUCCCUUCUCAAUACUGCGCUGGCUGCUGUCACAACCAAUGGCAAAGACGGCUUUCUUUAUUAUCAGAACGGUCAGGAUAUUCUUGAAGCUCACUCCGAGUCAGGCACAAGCUGGACAGCGAAGGCUUCGACGGUUACUAGCAACGCUGCCUCCGGUGGCUCAGCCCUGACUGCAUACUAUGUUGAACACGAUGCGGAUUUCCAAAACAAGUCGACGAUCCAUGUCGUUUAUCUUGACCGCAGCGCUAAAGUUGCUGACAGAGUCAAGGUCCUUUCUGAGGGGACCUGGAAAGAUGGGAAAGUGGAUGGAAUUUCGACAGACCCUGCGUCGGUCUCCCGGAUCACUGGUGGAGCCUUCAAUGGCUCUGACUGGAAUCCAGAUGGAUCCCAAUGGGUUUACUUCAACACGUCAGACCUCCCAUUCACAACACUCCUUGAAAUGCUACUGACGUCAAAAAGACCGAAAGGUAAUCAGUUACAAAUCACCGAGAUUCGCCGUACCCCGAAGAGUCCGUGGAAUACCGAAACAGUGUUACCUGAGAUCACUCUGGCACUCCCAGGGACCGAUCUGGCGAGUAGUAUCGUCAAGGGGACCAUCGACCUGUAUUACCAGGAUCAUCAGGAAAAUGUCAAUCACUGGGUCAGUCAGGACAACCAAUGGCAUGACGAGAAGGUCCUUAUCCCAGCAAGUGAAGUGGAAAAUAGUACUCCCCUUGCUACGCUGAACAAUGGCAAAAAACAUGUCUUUUACGCGGACAGAAGCAGCCCUCCCAAAAUCAAGGACCGUAUUGAUGGAAAUACAGUUGAUGUUGCACCCUUUUACCCCGGAACACACUUGACUGCUGUAUCUAUCAAUGGCAAAGUGACUCUGUUCUACAAGAGUCUGAACCCCGUUGGUGCCAUUGCCACCAAGAUUUAUGAUGGCAGCUCGUGGAAGGACGGGGGCAUUGUCGUCCCUGCUUGA